CUCUCACUCGACCUUUGUCUUGACUCCCUCCCCCCCAGCUUGUACUCUUUACAACAUCUAUCUUUGGAUUCUUUCUUUGUUGCUUUUUUUGGGACGGUGUCUCGAGCAUUUUCUGGUCGGUCGGACCCUCAAUCCGCCUUAAUACCUUCCAUCAUGGCUGCCGGAAGGGAUGCCGCCGACUUCAAUGCGAUCAUCCAAGCUGAUCGCAAAAGGAAGCAAAAGGAAGACCUCGCGAACCAGCUUCUCGGCAAGAACAGACAAACAACGAAUGCGAGGGGCGGCGCAAAGAAGCCGCAGGAUGCGAGGCCAGGUAGCCUCGCCAGUCGCAUCGGAGUAGCCAAGCGUCCGACGUCUGCGCCCCUGAAACCUAAGCCGAACCCCAAGCCCAUCAUUCACCAGGCCCGUCAAGCGCGUCAGACCGACCGGCCGGCCCCAAAGCAGCGUCGUCCCGACGAGCAGCGCCUGCUUUCCGCUCUCCUCCCUGAUAGCGGACAAGCAACAGUAAGAGGCAACAAGGUGGGCAUGACCAUCAAGGGCGCUGGUUCAGGGCCCUCUGUUGUGAUCGGCAGCAACUUCGCACCGGGAACCACCGCGGCCGACAUACAAGAAGCUCUCGAGCCCAUGACAGGGCGGAUACUCAGCUGCUGGGUGACAACGCAGCACCCCGCAGUGUCGGCAGAGAUCACAUUUGCAGAGAGACAGGGCGCAGACAGUGCUAUUGCCAACUUUCACAACCAGAGGGCUGAUGGCCGAAUCAUCUCGAUGCGCCUGAAACCCCGUAGCUCCGGACCAGACCACGGCGCCGCCAACUUUCAGAACCCACAGUCCCCUUUUAACAAUCUCCGUGAGCAAGCAGAUGAGGCCCGUCGUUUGCAACGCUCCAAUGAUCCGACAAGUCAAGACGGAAACUAUGGAUUUGACGAACAGAACCAGGCGAUUGAACAACGCAGACCGCGGGGCAACAACCGCAGAUGGAAUAACAGGGGUAACCGCAGUGGACCUCGGAAUGGCGGGUUCUCGCACCAGGAUACGCAAGAAACGGGUCUCUACAGUGAUCAGAUGAUGGUGGACGCGCCACAGCAGAACCACCAGCCCCAGGCGCUCAAAAAACACCCAACCCCGAGCCAGACUUUUGUCUUUGCUGCACGAAGAUGCCAAUCCACCUUUGACAACACUCGCCAAUGGUCGACUCCUCUCGCCCAAACCCUGGCUAAUGCCAUGAAGGUCACAGGCCCCAUCCCCAUUGCGGCCUUCAUGCGUCAGGUUCUCACGUCCCCCGAGGGAGGAUACUACACGACCCGCCCUGCGGGCGAAGGCGAAGUCUUCGGUAAGAAAGGCGACUUCGUGACAUCCCCGGAAAUCUCGCAGGUAUUUGGCGAGCUAGUGGGUAUCUGGACGAUUACAGAGUGGAUUGCGCAGGGACGAAAAAGAAGUGGAGUGCAGCUCAUGGAAGUUGGACCGGGGAAGGGGACAUUGAUGGAUGAUAUGCUGCGGACUUUCCGCAACUUCAGGAGCUUUGCGUCGAGUAUCGAGGCGAUUUAUCUGGUCGAGGCGAGUUCGACAUUGAGGGAGGUUCAGAAGCGGCUGCUCUGCGGGGAGCAUGCGGUGAUGGAAGAAACGGACAUUGGCCAUCGGAGUGUAUGCAAAUACUUUGAUGUGCCGGUCAUUUGGGUGGAGGAUAUUCGGUUGCUGCCACAUGAGGAAACCAAAACACCAUUCAUCUUCGCACACGAGUUCUUUGACGCCUUACCGAUCCAUGCUUUCGAGUCCGUGCCGCCCGCACCGGAGAACGAACCUAAAGACGAGGUCAUGACACCCACGGGACCAGCGAAACUUCGUAAGCCAUUGAAGGCCGCAAAUGUACCGCAAUGGCGGGAGCUCUUGGUGACGCUCAACCCGAAGGCUGUGGAGGAGAACAUCGAGGGAGAACCGGAGUUCAAGCUGACGUUGGCCAAGGCAUCCACGCCAUCGUCCUUGGUAAUUCCGGAAAUUUCGGAGCGGUACCGCGCUCUGAAGUCUCAGCCGGGCUCUACAAUCGAGGUCAGUCCAGAAAGUCGGAUUUAUGCGUCUGACUUCGCUAGACGGAUUGGCGGUGCGUCAGAGCCGCCUCGUACGGCUUCCAGGAAGGAUGUUACUGCUGCUGCUGGCGGUGAAAAGCCAGCUGCAGCGAAGCGUGUAGCCUCCGGUGCGGCGUUAAUCAUGGAUUAUGGAACUCUUGCUACAGUGCCCAUCAAUUCGCUGCGUGGAAUCCAGCAUCAUAAGACCGUACCAGCACUCUCGGCACCGGGUCAGGUGGAUGUUAGUGCCGAUGUAGAUUUCACUGCGUUGGCUGAGGCGGCCAUCGAGGCUAGCGAGGGUAUUGAGGUCCAUGGACCGGUUGAGCAGGGCGACUUUCUGCAUGCGAUGGGUAUUGCGGAACGGAUGCAGCAGCUACUAAAGGGUGUGAAGGAUGAGGAGAAGCGGAAGACGCUGGAGACUGGCUGGAAGAGGCUGGUUGAGAAGGGCGGCGGUGGCAUGGGCAAGAUCUACAAGGUCAUGGCUAUCAUCCCGGAAAAUAACGGUAAGCGCCGUCCAGUUGGGUUCGGUGGAAAUAUCAUGGCAUGA